UUUCUCUCUCAUUUUGCAGCGGCUAGUCGUAUGGAUUAGACACAUUUUUGUAAUGGAGAAUAGGCAUUUUUUAACCAAAACUAAAUCUUCAGAAAUGAGUAUAUUCCAAAUUAUUUGAUAAUUAGAUUGAUUACCGUGCGGAAAGUGUUUGAGUUGUGCUGAAGUGUGUUUGUGUUACUACUAAAAAGGAUAAACGCUGAACGAGACCGUGUGAUCGCAUCGUAACCCGUCGUAAAUCUUCCCUUUUCGUCGACAUCAAAACUUUCUGAAGUGCUUAACUUUGUAGUCAUUUGGAGCUAAUUUUCAUCUUUCCAUCGACAAAAUGAAAAAUAUGGCAGGAGGCACGGAUGAAAAGAAAGUAUAUAAACUGGUUCUUACAGGAGGUCCAUGUGGCGGUAAAACGACUGGUCAGGCGCGCAUGUGCACAUUUUUCGAAAAUCUUGGUUGGAAGGUGUUUCGAGUGCCUGAAACGGCCACUGUUCUCCUCAGUGGUGGAAUCAAAUUUUCAGACCUGACGGCAGAUGAAGCAAAACGUCGAAAAAUUAGUGCUCAUCAACAGGCUUUGAAAGAUGAUAUCCCGGAGCACAGCGUCGAUAAGGCUGCGUCGUGUCCCCGAUGCUUGGCCGCUGCUGCUGAAAAACCCAACGGUAGUGAGGCAUACAAGUUUCAAGAGAAUCUAUUGCGUACGAUGAUUCAGAUCGAGAACACAUUUUUCGAGCUGGGAAAAUCAUGUACGCGGAACUGUUUGAUUAUCUGCGACCGCGGUGUGAUGGAUGCCAGUGCGUUUGUUUCCAAAGAAAAAUGGGAACGUAUGAUGAAAUCCAACAACUGGAAUCCGGUGGAACUACGCGACAAUCGGUACAAUCAUAUUGUUCACAUGGUUUCGGCAGCCAACGGUGCAGAGGCAUUCUACUCUACUGAAGAUCAUGCGUGCCGUUCAGAAGGCGUAGAUUUAGCCCGGGAGUUGGAUUACAAAUCAGCCGCUGCUUGGAUUGGACAUCCGUACUUUGAUGUGAUUGAUAAUUCGACUGAUUUCGAGUGUAAGAUGAACCGAAUGAUUGAAUGUGUGUGUCAGAAGUUAGGCAUUGAUACUGGCGAUCGUCUUUUGACUACGUCAAAGAAAGUCAAAUUUCUUGUAUCGGAGCUACCACCGCUUUCCAGUUUCCCAGCGUUUCAAGAUUUCGAUGUCGUUCAUCACUAUCUGCAAUGUGCUGGUCCUCGGGUUCAGGCAAGGUUGCGGAAACGUGGACAAAAUGGUCAUUUUAGCUACAUCCACACGAUUCGUCGUCCACAUCUCCAUGGGCAAUCGAUUGAGGUGAAAACACAACUUACUCACAGAGACUACUUAAACAUGCUCACGCAACGCGACGACGCCCAUUUCACUAUCUACAAGAAACGUCGCUGCUUUUUAGUAAAUAACCAAUAUUUUCAAAUGGACAUUUACAAGGAACCAAGCCAUCCAAGAUGCAAGGGUCUUAUUCUUCUCGAAACUUACACUUCGUUGAGUGGAGACAAAUUGAAGGAAAUCCUGCCGAAAUUCCUCAACAUUGUGAAGGAAGUCACCGGCCACCCGGAUUAUUCCAUGUUUAAUCUUUCGUUAAAGGAGGACUGGAGCAAUACGAAGAAGUUCUGUUAUUCGCUUCAUGAUCAAGACGAAGGCGAGUUUAAAGCGAAUGGGCGUUCUCAUAAAAUAAUCAAUGGAAAAGCGUAAAAUUGUAUAGGUGCUGCCUCAUCUUCCAAUGGCACUUCUGAUGGAAUUUUCUGAAUUUUUACAAUGGUUUUAACUUUCAGCGCAACGGAGAUAUUUUAUAUUUCCUACAUUCUCAUUAUACAUAUAAAAUAUUGAAUAGUCGAGUCUUCAGUUAUUCUGCAAAAUAGCUUCAAUGCUUUUGAUAUUUCAUUUCUAUUGUUGUUAAAGCUUUCAGCAAUUCCCUUUUUUAAAUAUUUGCUAUGCAUCUUACUUUAACACGGCCUCAUACAGUGAUGAGAAUUAAAUUUUGUUUACUUACUCUUCCGUUACUUUUUUUUGUACUUAAACAUUUGUGCACAUUCGCAUAAUGACGUUGUAGUAAACGCAAAAGCAAGUAAACAACGGGAGAUUCUCACAUGUAUAAGUAAUUUUCCUCUGAUUAAAUUUUAACAUUGGUUCAAUUGAGCUCAUAACCAUUGAAAGGGAACUGUCUGGACCAAUGAAAGCGAUGUUUUCGAUCCAUUCUGAUUUUCCAAACCAAGUUGAAAAUGAAUGCUUAAGCAGAGAUACUUAACAAUAAAACUCUUUUGUUUGCCGAUUGAGAGCAAUCAGCGAAGAAACAAUGUGUAUAUAAAGCUUUGAUUAGAAGCUAAUAAUGUUCGACACGGGAGGUGAAACUAUAUGUAUUUUCGAACUAGUCCAAUAAAAAUCAGAUUUUUUAGAAAGCAAAAAAAAAAUCUAUGAAAAGAAUCAUAAGGCAUGCAAAAUCCUUUAUAUUUUUAUAGAACAAGAUCAUUCGAAGAACUAUCAAAAUUACCUAGACUGUUGCUAACCGCAAUAUAAAACAACUACUUUAAAAUGUGUAGUGAAAACAGGUUUUUAGCGUUAGUUUACAUUAACAAUAAAAACGCAGUGUUCGAUGAAAAGUUUUCAAUUUGUUUUGCAAUCGCAAUCGCCGUAUUGUUGAAAUCAACGUAUAUGUAGUCCAAAGAGGCGAGAAAGAGUUUUAUCAAUUGUUUACUUGUAAUUGUUGUUUUAGAAAGCCCUUUCUUUGAGGUCGCUUAACGCUGUGAAAGUAAAUUUUCAAUCAAAGAAGGACUAGCACCCUAAUUGAUACAGACAAUUAAAAAUCAAUAGAAACCACAAAGAUUGUCAUCAUAAAUGUAUUUUAUAUUAAAAUAUGAUCCUAUUUCAAAAAAAGUAUGUCUGUGGUUUGAAAAGUGAUAUAUAAAUACAAGGUUUGAGAUCAGAA